AUGAUGAAAAAGUUCGGACCCGAAGAAAUUUCCAACAAGACGAUUAUGAAAUCGUCCAUGCAAAGAGCUGUGCGGACACAGAUUUUGGAAGAAUAUCCACGGCUGGAGCCGGUUAUGGAGCAAAUCUGGCCUAAAAAAGCUUCACCCGUGCUUCUGAAAUGCCAAAAUCGCAUCUCAUUGGUCGUUUUAGACGGGAAGCCCCUCUUUUUCCAGCACCGAGAUAAGCAAUGGGUGCCAACGCUGCGACUUCUGCAUGAAUACCCAUCCAUGAUGCCUAAAAUGCAAGUGGACAGGGGUGCCGUAAAGUUCGUCCUUAGGGGCUCAAACGUGAUGUGCCAAGGCUUGACAUCGCCGGGUGGAAGAAUGGAGGAAGUGCCCGCAAACACUGUCGUGCAAAUCGCAGUGGAGGGAAAGGAGCUGAGUUGCGCUAUUGGGAUCACGACGAUGUCCACAGAGGAAAUUCGCCGUGAGAACAAGGGUCCGUGCAUCGAGACGCUGACGUCUCUGAAUGACGGUUUGUGGAGUUUUGAGUGUGUUGGCCGUGCAUGA